AUGGGGAAUCAAGUCAAGAGUGUGGAGGACAUGGUUGCCCUCCUCAGCCCCAUCAGCCUUUUCUCGCGCCUCGGCCAACUUCGCUUUUCGGCGAUGUCCUUCGCAAGCAAAGACCCGGAGCUGGUGAACGCCGAUCUCGCGCUCAAGCACUUCCACUCCAUCGGCCCUGUUCGCAUCGAGGAGCUCGACGUACUGAGCUUCCGGACCCCGUGGAUUUCUCUGCUAUAUCCCUUUGUCCUUGAGAACCACACCCUCGAGCAAACGCUGCACACCGUCACCGCCUACGUCUCGGGACCGUGGUCCUACACCCGGCAGCUCGGACGCUUCCUCGCCGACGUCGGCCCCGCGCUGCGCUGCUUCAAGCUCAACCCCGCCUACAGCGCCUUCUACGGGCGCGAAGACGACUUCGACCCGUGGCAGACGCUGAACCUGCACCGCUGCGAGAACUUGCAAACGCUCGUGCUCACGCUCGACAUCCGGGACCUCGUGCUCACCCCGGCGUGGUACGCGCACGGGCAGGGCAUCGCGACGCACGCGUUCGAGCAGCUGCUCGUCCCCGAGCGUCUCCCCGCUCUCCGUCGGUUCACGCUCCGCGUCUGGGUCGAGGACGGGAACCGGAUCCUGGACGCGCUCGACUGGUCCGCGGUCGAGGCCGCGCUCCGCCGGCUGCCGACCCUCAAGACAUUUGUCGUCGACCUCGCGUGGUGGCAACGGGCGCCGACGGAGGACUUGGCGAAGAAGAUGCCGGAGCUGCACAGAACGAAUGUGUUCCAACUCUGCGUCGCGCCGGGCCCGGAGGCCAGAUGGUGGAGUGGCCUCAACUGA